AUGCAGGAGGCACUCAAUAAGUGCUCGUGGAAUGAAGAGACAGUGGCGGUACAUCUAGACAGCCACCGGCGGACGUCCAGACCUGCCGGGGGGACCCCAUCUGCCCCAGAGCACCUCCCGGCCCAGGCUGGGGGCCUUGGGCCAGGUUUGCUGAUGGAGUCGCAGCCGGUGAUCCCAGGAGUCCCCGUGGCCAGCGGGGAGGAAACCGGAGGGGGAAGUAAGGAGCCCCCCACUUCCCUGCCUGUCCUUUCUUACACGCAGGAAACACCCUGUGCUCCAGCUUGCAGGUGUGGGGUGUGUGGGGAGCAGGACGGGCCGCGGUGGUUCUGUCAACACCCACAAGCAGCCACCGGCACCUCAGGGACACAAGGGGUCCCAGAGAGGUCGGUGAGACUCAGCCGACCCCCACGGACCCAAGUGGAACCACACAGGCCGUUUCACGGCCGGGCGCGGCGCAUCCGGAGCCGCAGGUCCGCGUGGGUGGACGCGAGGGCCGCCCCCGGAGACCCGCCGGCUGUGGACGGGACGCUCAGGGCCCGGGCGCCGCUGCUAGGACCUGCCAGCCAGACCCGCCGCAGUCCAGACGCGGAAACCGCCUGUGGCUCCAAACCGCGGGCGUCGGCCCCAGCCGCAGAGCCCCGCGCCCCGAGCGCGCCCACCUACCGCCCGCAGGGCCGGGUGGUCCAGGAGCGCUGCGACCUCCGAAUCCCGGGCCGGGGGCUCCCCUCGCGCUCGCCGCCGCCCGCCCGCUUGUCCGGGUCUGAGGGAAGCGCUGCUGAACGUGGAGGGCGCGCCGGGGCUGCCGCCACAGGAGCUCCGGGGUCUGGCUACGCCCCGGAGGCUGCGAGCGCCGCUCAGCGCCCCCUCGCCGCCCCGCGGGGUCUCCAUGCGCCGCAGGAGGAGCGAGGGUCGGGCCAGGCCGGGGGGGGUGGCGGCGAGGGCAGGGAGCUGUCCGCCCGCGGGGUUCUGAAGUGGCCGGGGCCGGGGUCCCCAGGGCCGGGGGCGGGCUGCCGUCCCCUCUAGUGCCGGAUGGAACGGGGUCAAGGCAACGGCCCGGGGUGGGGGGGACGGAAGUUGUCCUUCCGGCCGCUGCUGAAAUGGAGGGGAAGGGAGUGGAGGGGCGGGAGACCCCCGGCCCAGGGCGCUGUCCCUGCCGCUGGUGCUGAAAGGGAAGGUGGCGGGACGGCGGGGAGCUGUCCGCCCGCUCCUGGUGCUGAAGCAGACGGGGAGGCCGGGCUCGGAGCUCCCCCGACGGAGGUGCUGAAAGCUGAGAGGUGAGCAGCGGCGGGUCCCCAACCCUCCCCGGUGACAGCGCCAAGGAGGAGGCUGGAGUCAGAGUCGCCGGCUCUGGACAUAGGCACACGUGGCCAGGAAGGCAGGCUCAGCGGUUCAGUGCCCGGUGAGGGGACCCUGGAGCCCCGGAACCCCCGCCCACACGGAGCAGAGAUCCUGGAGGGACGGGGCAGUGUGGCGGCAAGGCCCUCCCAGGCCUGGGGCUCAGGAGAUUUCAAGAGGGCCCCUUCCCCUGGAGACCAUCUCCCCACACAGCUGUGACCCCCAGGUUGGAGAAAUGGAAUGCACUUGAGCCAGGGAGUCAGACAGCCAGUCCAAGCCCCAGCUCUGCCACGUCUUACUACGUGACUAGGAAACAAGCAACACCCUCUGUUCCUUACUUGAGGUGCUCAGUCCCCAGCAUCCUCCCUUUUGGGAGAUGAGACACGGGCCUUCGUGAUAUCUCCCCCUGACAAUGUUGCAAGGAUUAAAGGAGAUGCUGCAUGUGGGGUGUCAGAGCCCCAUGUCCACA